GGCUGGCAACUCUGCCCAGCCCUCGGGGUUAUGAGUGGAGGGGACAUUGCCUCAGUCCAGCACUGGGUGAUGCGAGGGAGGGGCUGAUAACUCUGCUGGCCUGGAGGCGCAGGGUGGGGGAGAAAUGAACGUCUCCAUUCGGCCCUUUUACGUUUCACUAAUAGCAGCUCUGUGGGUGUUGCACAAAAGAGCUUUGCUUACUGUGGGAAACUGGAAACAGGAAGGUCGAAGGCUUGUCUACAGAAAUCCUGCAAGAGUCUCAGAUGAAUGGACUGUUACAUUCCUGUUCUAGCAGUGCUGGACUUUGUACAAGGUUUUGUACAAGAGGCAUGGAUGUCAUCUGAGCAGCAACUGAAUCAGCAUUUCUAGGCAACAUACAGCACAUUUACAAGACACUACAAGAGAGUUGGAUGGAUGAUAUUACAAGUACUUUAUGAUGACUAUGUGGAUCAAAUCAAUCACCCUUCUCGUCACCCUUCCAUUUUUUUAUAUAAUUGGGAAAUGGCUUUUGGAUGGUUUUACUGUCACUGUACAUGCUGAUCCUGAAGUUCCCUUGAUUGGGCAAGGUCUGAUGUUGUCCUGCCACCUCAUAGGCAAGAUCCCCACUAACUUUCAAGUACAUUGGUAUAAGUGGGAAAGGAACAAAAAUAUGACAUUAUAUUUUUACAAUAGCACAUCAAAUGGGAGUGAACUGGUUAGGGCUUGGGAUGAGCACAGGAGUAUCACUCCCAAAGGAUGGUAUGAGAAUGGAAUCGUUAAGGUGAGACUAUUUCCAGUGCAAGCAGAAGACAGAGGGCAGUACGUGUGUGCAGUGACAGGUGACAAUGUCUAUCAAGAAGCCAUUGCAGAGGUGAUUAUUGCAGGUUUUGGAUCUACACCUCGCCUAAUUAUAGAACAGCAGCAGAAUAAUUCAACCACUCUGAGGUGUACAUCUCAUGGGUGGUACCCACUCCCUGAAGUACUUUGGACUGACAGCACAGGACAAAAUAUAAGUACUAUGGCUGAAACAAGAAUCCAGAAAUCAGUGACAGAGCUGUAUGAAAUCGACAGUACUCUCAGGGUAGCAGAUAUUGCUUCAGACAUUAUCUCAUGCACUGUAAUAAAUCCCUUGCUGAAGAAGCACCGUGAAAAUGUUAUUGCAAUUUCAGAUUUCUUUGAUGUGGAGGCUGAACAUGAGACGAUUACUGCUGUAAUUGGAGAAAAUAUCAUUCUUCCCUGCCGGCUGAUUACAAAACAUGUGCCCCCUAGCAUGGAACUGCAAUGGAGGAAAGUUGAAUCUGGGGAGGAUAAGACAAUCUAUUUCUACCUCUAUGAUGAAAGCAGCCCCCUGAUUAAUUCUUAUCCAGAGGAUGACAAAUGCCCAAUGGGUUAUUUAUCUCCAAAUGGAAGCAAUAGCAGAGAAUGGCUCAGGAAGGAGUAUGAAAAAAAGGCAGAAGUUUUUAAAGGAAAAGAAUUUGGGAAAGGAAAUAUUUCUCUGAAAUUGAACAAUAUUCAGGUGGAAGAUACAGGAAAAUACAUAUGUUCUGCCACAUCCAACAUUUUUCACAGAGAGAUCAUCAUUGAAGUUGUAUUUGGUGGGAAUGAAACGUCUUUGCAAGUGCAUCAGCAGAAGAUUUGUGGAUAUGAAUGUAAGUGGACAGGGUGGUAUCCAAAGCCCAGAUUCUCCUGGAGAAAUCACAAAGGAGAAAGCCUAAACUCACUGGCCGACACAAAAGAAAUGCAGGAGGAAAAUAAUCAUUUCACAGUUGCAAGCUCCAUUGCUGUGCCAUGUGAUACUCCGGAGGUUACCUGUGCCAUUGUCAACACAGAAUCAACUGAUGGACACCUUGUAGGUUUCUUAAUCGGUUUAGUGCUGUUUAUUGUUGUGACCUUCGAACAUUUUUUUGGAAAAAGCAAAAAACAUUUCCAGAAUAUGGUUGACCAAAUGAAGAGAGAAAGAGAUCAAUCCCGCGAUGAUUAUGAUCAGCUACGGCUGGAAAUGGAUGAACUACAGAUGGAAAGGGUCCAAUUCCGCAGUGACUAUGCCCAGCUAUGGGAAAAAAUGGACCAACUGCAGAGAGAAAUGAAUGAGCUUCAAAGGCAAAGGGGGCGGCAGCAGGUGGGAAACACAAAUCUACAGCCACUAAUCCAACUACUUCAGCUUGAAAACGAAGCACUGCGAGAGAAAUGUGGUCCGUUCCAGAUGGCAAGACCAACUGCCCCUCAGAUAAUCGAACAACUCCAGUGUGAAAAAGAGGAGCUGCUAGUGGAAAGAGAACGGCUUCAGGUAGAAAACAAUCAAGUCCAGCAUGAAAACAAACAGCUGCGAGAGAAAUGUGGCUGGUUCAAAGUGGAAAAGAGCUCGCUUCAGCAGAAAAUCCGUCAUCUCCAGGUUGAAAAUGGUCAACUCCAGCUUGAAAAUGAACAAGUGCGGUGGGAAAGGAAGCAAAUGCAGCUUGAAAGAGAUGAACUACGAAUGGAAAAAGGAAGGGAUGACGGGCAUUCUGAUGAAGAAAUGAAAAUACACAGCUCUCAAUUAGAGAAGAUGCAGAGACAAAAUGAUCAACUGAGGGAAGACAAAAAAUACCUAGAGAGGAUACUAAAGCAAAUCCAACAACAAAAGGAGCAACUGCAGAGAGAAAUUGAUGAAAUGAGAAAGGAAUUAGAAUGGAGAAGGAUCCGGAAUAAUUCAGUUGACAUCACUCUUCAUGAAGUCACAGCUCACCCCAACCUCUCCAUUGCUGGGGAUAAGAAGAGCUUGAAACAUGAAUCCACACCUCAGAAAGUUCUACCAGCUCCAGAGAGGUUUGAUUUGACAGUCUGUGUGCUGGGCUCUCAAGGAUUCUCCUCUGGAAAGCACUACUGGGAAGUAGAUGUUGGAAGCAGCACUAACUGGGACCUAGGGGUAGCCAGAAAAUACAUACAGAGAAAAGGAAAUCUUUCCCUGUUCCCCAAAGAGGGAUUUUGGGUUCUGGGUUUCAGUGGGACAGAUUAUUGGGCAAAAACAGACCCAUGGACCCAGGUCAUGGUGCAGAAAAAGCCCCAGAAAAUUGGAGUUUACCUUAGUUAUCAAGAGGGGCAGGUAACUUUUUUUAAUGUAACUGGCAUGUCUGUGUUGUUCACAUUUAGCAAUUGUUCAUUCGCAGGAGAUGUUUAUCCCUUCUUUAAAAAUUCACAUAAGGAAACAAUAAUGAGGAUUUGUUCAAUUACAGAGGAAUAGCUAUACGAUGACACUGAUGCUGACUUUAUACUGAUGUAACUUAAAUCAAGAUUUUCCUGAAUGGAUUUUAAUGUAAAAAAGCUGUAUUUUUCUAAAAAUGUACAUUGUACAUGCUAUAAUUUGCAAUAACAUUUUUUUCAUUUCCCAUUGGUUUUUUGCUCGUGACUUUUAUCCAAUAAAACACCUUCCUUAUAGGCAUCUUCAUCUCAGAGGCACAAUAAUAAGAAUCUGUUUGCUAAAUCUAUC